CGAUUUCCUGUCAAUUCCCCACUAAGACCAGUCAAUUCCCUCACCGGCUUUCCACCUACACACUCCUUGGGUCCGCCUGUGCCCCUCGCCAUUCUUCGCCCUCGCCAAUCCCUCCGGUCGUGACAACCCACUGAGACACGUUGACCCUCGUCACUGAUGGGGGCAUCGCCAACCUAGCGAUCUCCCUCCUUUCUUCGCCUUAUCGCCCUCUUAUAUCGUUCCCUUCCCGCCCGAGACGAGCCAUCGCCGACUAUGGGAGUCUCCCCGUCCGGCAACCAUCAUCGACGGCGGAGCUCAGUGCUGGCGGGCACCUCACAAUCAGCUCCAAUCGAACACCGGGACGACGGUGCGAGGGUCGUUGGCGACGCUGUGGGGCCGAAAAAAGAAGAACCCAAGUCCUCGCCGGCUGAGGACGCAGACAUCUCGGAUCUUUCGUCAAUCGCAGAAAGCUUGGAGAUGGAUUAUAUGAGCUCGGAUGACGAUCUCCACGAUGAUGAAGAGACGGGCCUUACCGCGAAGCAGAGACGCCAAAGACGCCGCAGAAGACAACAGCGGAGGCAGUUGGAUGCCCGUAUCGCCGAUGUCAAAGCCUCGCGGCAAGAUGCGAUACCACUAGGAUUGGGAGAUCGGGAGGUCUUCAAGCGCUUGUCGAUCAAUGCGGGCUUGAUUCUGAUGUGGUAUUUCUUCUCGCUGUCCAUCUCAAUUUACAACAAGUGGAUGUUUUCUGAUGAUGAUGUCGUGUUCCCUUUCCCUCUCUUCACCACCAGUCUGCAUAUGGCUGUCCAAUUCACCUUCUCAUCCAUUAUCCUGUAUCUGAUUCCCUCUCUGCGCCCCAAGGCGCCUACGACACCCACGCCUUCGGGAUCGCCCGUGAGCGAGCAUGCUGCGUUCGAGCCCCAACCGGUGAUCACCAAGUUCUUCUACCUGACGCGUCUUGUUCCCUGCGGUACAGCGACUUCCCUUGAUGUUGGUCUGGGGAACAUGUCUUUGAAAUUCAUCUCCCUGACUUUCCUCACCAUGUGCAAAUCAUCCGCAUUAGCAUUUGUGCUUCUCUUUGCCUUUGUGUUCCGCCUCGAGACCCCGUCCGUCAAGUUGAUCGUGAUUAUUGCCACCAUGACCGUGGGUGUCGUGAUGAUGGUCGCAGGCGAGACCGCCUUUAAUGUAGUCGGAUUCAUCCUUGUCAUCGCAUCGGCGUUCUUCUCGGGCUUCCGCUGGGGCCUCACGCAAAUCCUCCUUCUCCGCCAUCCUGCGACGGCGAAUCCUUUCUCGACCCUCUUCUUCCUCACGCCCGUGAUGUUUUUCUCCCUGAUUGUCAUUGCCCUGGCGGUAGAAGGCCCUCUGGAAAUCAUUGCCGGCUUCCAGGCCCUGGCCGAUGCCCGUGGCGGCAUGUUUGCUGUUUUCCUCCUGAUUUUCCCCGGCAUCCUGGCUUUCUGCAUGAUUUCCUCGGAGUUUGCGCUCCUCAAGCGCUCCUCGGUCGUGACGCUGAGCAUUUGCGGCAUUUUCAAGGAGGUCGUCACCAUCAGUGCCGCGGGAGUCAUUUUCCACGACCAACUCACCGUGGUCAAUAUCACGGGGUUGGUGGUCACCAUUGGCAGCAUUGCCUCGUACAACUACAUGAAGAUCGCCAAAAUGCGCGCCGAAGCGCAGAAGAGCGCGUGGACCCGGAGCCCGACCCUGGACUCCGAAGACGAUUCGGACCCCAGCGGGGAACGUGGCGAAUACCAACGGAUCCGCAAUCCGGAAACGAGCAUGUUCCAUUCUUCCGACACCCAUGUUGACGAGGACAACGUUAACAUCACCCCCGACGAUGACUUGACCGCUGGCGGUCGGCGCUCGUUCCGUGUUCGUGCCAGCGGAGCCAGCAACGCGCUCGGGCUGAGUAUCAACACGACCAAUCUCGGCGACCACGAUACAUCACUCUCUCCGCGGGUGUCCGGCCCCUCGCCUAUGAAAUCUGCACCGCCGGUGAUCACGUCCCUCGAAGCGGAGCUUAACCGGCCGGGCCAGGGCCCUAGCUAUGGGAGCAACCUCCAACCCUCCCCAGAACGGGGAUUGCAUGGGCAAGGGCGUUCAGCGACUUAGAGAUCAUAGAGAUCAUCUUUGGACAUGAAGUUUUGUGCACCUUGGUUCCCGGAACCACUGGAAUGGUUCACCCUGGAUCUUCGCUUUCUACUUUCCUUUAUCCCCGCAGACCCUUUGGUCGGUCUGAAAACGUAAUGGCAUCAGCGUUUGAGUCCCGAUUGUCAUGUUUUGGACUUGAUGGUCCUUCUUUUAUAACGGCGGUUCAGCAUGCCUUGAAGUUGGCAUGUCGGAGUACAUUGGGCGUCCCGCACAUAAUGGCAGACGAUGUCUGGUAUAGACAGUGAUUUAUCGAGUGAUACCAUGUUAUCUAUCUCUUAGCUCGGAACGAGUUUAAUCGCAUGUGCGGCAGU